GCUUUCAGAGUCCAAACGCGUCCUUGCGCGUUUUCCCAUAUCCUUCCUUCCUUCCGCGCGCUUACUCAGAAAAACACUCUUCUUUAUUAACUCAGUCGUGUCUAUAUAAUCCUCAACUACUUCCCACUCCGACAGAAUCACAACCUCAUUUCCUAGAGAGAGAGAGAGAGAGACUCUGAGAUAUAUACUACAAACUAGUCCACAAACUAGAUUUUCUAGAGAGAGAAAAACAGAGAGUAAUAAUGGCAGACGUCGUCAACACAGCUGCCGGUCAAUUCCCGGAUUUUCCGGCAGUUCCGGUGAACGGAGGGCAGUUCAUUCAGUACAAUAUAUUCGGAAACGUAUUCGAGAUUACGACUAAGUACCGGCCGCCGAUCAUGCCUAUCGGCCGUGGUGCUUAUGGAAUUGUCUGCUCGGUGAUGAAUUCGGAGACGAAUGAGAUGGUUGCGGUUAAGAAGAUUUCCAAUGCUUUCGAUAACUACAUGGAUGCAAAGCGUACACUCCGGGAGAUUAAGCUUCUUCGCCAUUUGGAUCACGAAAAUGUCAUAGCUAUAAAAGAUGUAGUUCCUCCAGCACUGAGGAGAGAAUUUUCUGAUGUCUACAUUGUCUUUGAGCUCAUGGACACUGAUCUUCACCAAAUAAUUCGCUCUAAUCAAGGGUUAUCAGAGGAACACUGUCAGUACUUCUUGUAUCAGAUCCUUCGUGGGCUGAAAUACCUACAUUCUGCAAAUGUUAUUCAUAGAGAUUUGAAACCCAGCAAUCUUUUGCUGAAUGCAAAUUGUGAUCUGAAGAUCAUUGAUUUCGGUCUUGCUCGAACGUCUUCAGAGAACGAGUUCAUGACUGAAUAUGUGGUCACCAGAUGGUACAGGGCACCUGAGCUGUUGUUGAACUCCUCAGAGUAUACUGCUGCCAUUGAUGUGUGGUCGGUGGGUUGCAUCUUUAUGGAGCUUAUGAACAGAAAGCCUUUGUUUGCCGGAAAAGACCAGGUGCAUCAGUUGCGCUUGGUGACUGAGCUUCUUGGCUCACCCUCUGAAUCGGAUCUUGGGUUUGUUAAGAGUGAAGAUGCAAGAAGAUAUAUCAAUCAACUUCCCCGACAUCCCCGACAGCAGUUAGCUAACGUAUUCCCACAUGUCCAUCCGUUGGCCAUCGAUCUCAUUGAUAAAAUGCUGACAUUUGAUCCAGCGAAAAGAAUUACUGUUGAAGAAGCAUUAGCCCAUCCAUACCUUGCAAGAUUACACGACAUAGCUGAUGAACCGGUGUGCCUAGAGCCAUUCUCCUUCGAUUUCGAGCAAGCCAUGGGAGAAGAGCAGAUCAAGGACAUGAUUUACCAGGAGGCCAUAUCACUCAAUCCAGAGUAUGCGUAACUCUCACUUCCUUCUUGAUAGAGAAGAUUACUGCAAACCCAAAUGUUGCAACUACUGUACCCAAUAUAUGUUGUAUACUCAUCUUCGGAUUCGGAAUAAGCACGAGGAAGAUGCAUAGGAGUAAUUGGCUAGGAUCUGGCUUCUAUAUUUAUAAAGGCCAGUUAGCUUAGCAGGUUCUGCUUUGAGUUUAUCGGAAGGAGUUCUUCUCUUGAUUUUUUUGUUUGUUUGUUCAGAUUUUAUUUGUUUGAUGUAUCUGUAAGGAGAUUAUGGACAUCAGAAUGUACGACUAUUUUGUUGUUGUACAGUAACACGAAUUGAUGCUAAUAUAUUAUCAAGGGGAAUUUCCAUUGUUA